AUGCGAGCUUGGAACUCGAAGCUAAGAGGACAGAGAUGGGAAAUAUGCAACCAUCCACGAGCCAUGAGGAGAGGAGAGGAGAGAUGCGGGGAUGGUGAUGAGGACGUUGAACCAAGAUGCAAACCGCAAGUCAUUGCAAAUGGAGUAGGGGAUCUCGACGUGUGCUUAUCGCUGAAUUUGGUGAUCGGCCGCCAAAUGUUUACGGUGACAGAUAUGUUCUUGAGGGAUGAGAGUGUGCUUUUAACUGCAGUUUCUGAUUCUCUUUGCCAUCUGAUUUUGGGAGUUGGAAGUGUUGAAGGAUGGCGAGUCCUUUUGAGAGUGGCAAUGCUUAUGGGGCUUCUUGCUUUGGGCGUGGUUGCUGGAAAGAUCAAGACGGCAAAUGGCACAGUCCCUCUAAGCUCGAGGGUGAAGAUCAGAAUGAUGAACAAUCGAGGUCCAUACAUUGCUGUGAUCGUGCCAAACUCUUUCGAGAUGAACCCUCUUCUCCGAUCUCCAAGCUUUCGAGCCGAUCCAAACUUCCCUUACUUGGAUAUAUUAGGAAGGAGAUUUCGAUUCGGAAAGGUGGAAAAUAAGAAGGUCGUAAUUGUCAUGACCGGAUUGAGCAUGCUUAAUGCAGGCAUAACCACAGAAUUGCUUCUCGCUCUAUUUAAUGUGAAAGGAGUAGUGCACUACGGGAUUGCAGGCAAUGCAAAUCCUCAACUCCAAAUCGGAGAUGUCACUAUUCCUCAGUAUUGGGCUCACACCGGCCUUUGGAAUUGGCAGCGAUUUGGCGACGGACCUGAGCACGAGCUGGCUUUUGAAUCAAAUGGGGACGACACGAGGGAAUUUGGGUAUCUCGAAUUUUCUGAUUACAACAACGUGAGUCAAAAUGGGGAGGGAGUGGGAAAUUUUCUGAACAGGGUGUGGUAUCAGCGCGAAGAGGUAUUCCCAAUCGACGGUGUUCCUGAAGUCAGACAGCACGCCUUCUGGGUUCCCGUUGACCAGAGCUACUAUGGAUUAUCGGCGAAAAUCACGGAUUUGAAGCUAGGGGCUUGUGUGAACUCUUCAACCUGCUUGCCAAGAUCACCCAGGGUGGUGAGAGUGGAGAGGGGAGUGACUGCCAACGUGUUUGUGGAUAACAAAGCUUAUAGAGAGUUCUUGAGAUCCAAGUUCAACGCCACUCCUAUCGACAUGGAAAGUGCAGGCGUUGCUCUGGUGUGUCACCAGCUCGACAUGCCCUUCAUCGCCUUCAGGUCUCUCUCCGACUUGGCCGGCGGUGGCUCCUCGCUCUCCAACGAGGCCUCCACUUUCGCCUCUCUCGCCGCUCAGAAUGCCGUUGACGCCAUGAUCAAGUUCAUCUCCCUCUUGGCCUCAUAAUCCACCGAUCAACG